CGAUGAACAUAAUCAACCCAAUCUGUCGUUACUACAGACGCGAGCGUUGCACUCACCACAGAAUGAGGGGAAACAGGCUCAGGACAGUCGUAGUUUCCGGAGCGUUCCUCUGUUACUCCAUCGCUCCAGAACAUAUCCAGGACUAGGGGUUGUGUUUUUUUUAUUCUUCUUUCGCCCCUGUACAGGACUAGGAGGGGGUUGUUGUGUUCUGCUUCUCAAACGGGUGCUUAAUUUUUUUUUUGUUUGUUGGAAGUCGGUAGCCUUCUCACUCCCCCCCCCCCCCCCCGCUCACCAUGCUGUGUUGGUUUACCUGGCGCUGCUUGGGCAUGUGCGCCCUGUUCUGCCUGGGGGGCUGCUGUGAUAACGUUUCUUCCAUCUGUGGGGCCCACAGCCCUGGGGACAUCCUUAUAGGGGUGCUCAGUCCGUGCCAUUCGAAAGUGGACACCCUACACGAGCGGACGGAGCCAAAGGGUUUCAACUGUACAAAUUUCGAUCUGCAGUCGUUCGUGCGCACCCUGGCAGUCAUCCACACCAUCGACACGAUCAACGACUCCGGGUUCCUCCCGGGGGUGCGGCUCGGGUACGUCGUCUGUGACACGUGUUCCCACGCCACCAAAGCCGUCCAGAUCGCCCAGCACCUCCUGUCCGUCAACGGCUCGCUGUCGGUCCAGUGCGACCUCGCCGACCGCGUGCCCGUGAAGGCCAUUAUCGGGGCCCGGUAUUCGGAGGUCUCCAUAACUGUGGCCCGGUUCUUGGGCCUCCACUUGGUCCCCCAGAUUAGCACCACAUCGUCCGCGGAGAUCCUGAGCGACAAGCUGCGCUUCCCGUCCUUCCUGCGCACCAUCCCCAGCGACGUGCACCAGACGAGGGCCCUGGCCCGGUUCAUGGCCCACUUCGACUGGAACUGGGUGGGCGUGGUGUCCGGGGACGACGACUACGGCCGGGCCGCCCUGCUCAGCUUCUUGCAGGAGGCCGAGAAGGCCCAGGUGUGCCUGGCCUUCCACGAGGUGGUGCCGCACUACCUGGACCACGCGGACAGCGAGCGGCGGAUCCAGGAGGUGGCUGAGCAGAUCCGCUCCUCGGACGCCCGGGUCAUCCUGCUCAUCCUCAAGGACCAGCUGGUGGUGCACCUCUUCCAGGAGGCGAUGAAGGCCAACGUCUCCCGGAUCUGGAUCGCCAGCGACGCCUGGUCCAUGUCCCGGAACGUGGCCGGCAUGGAGGGGAUCGACAGCGUGGGGGACAUCUUCGGCUUGAGCUUCAUCACGGGGGAGAUCCCCGGGUUCGAGGAGUACCUGCGGAACCUGCAGCCUGGCCCGGGCGCCACGAACACCUUCAUUGAGGAGUACAAGAAGCUGCGGUUCGAAUGCAUCCCUGAGCUGCCCCAACUGCUCCAACAACACAACGCCUGUUUGGCUGAACACCCCCCCGCCCUUUGUUCUCUCCCCGACUCUCUCCUCUUCAAGUCCCCGCUGGCCUGUAACUUGUCCGAGCCCCAGAAAGCCAAUGAUGAUUUUUUGGUGCAGGGGGUUAACCUGAACUUGUCUUACAAUGAGAGAGUGGCCACGUGGGCCAUAGCCCAUGCCCUCAGGGAACUGCUGCAGUGCAACGAGACCUUCUGCUCUGCGGACAACUUCCCCCCCUGGAAGCUUCUUCGGGAACUCAAAAAGGUGAAUUUCACUGUCGACAACCGGCGCUUUUACUUCGACAAGUCCGGCAACUUCCUGAAUGGCUAUCAUUUGAUUCACUGGGUGAAAGAUGGCAGCAACAAGAGGCAUUUCAAAGUGGUUGGCGAAUACAACCUGAUCGAAAGAGAUGUUCAGAUCGACAGGGGCGACAUUGACUGGGGCAACACCAACAACACGGCCCCAGAGUCCAAAUGCUCUCAGCCCUGCCACCCGGGUUAUGUGAAGAAAGUGUCCAACAUCUCCUGCUGCUACAACUGCACGGAGUGUGAAGAGGGGACAUACUCUGAUGUGGAGAACAUGGACACCUGUCUGAGUUGUCCCAAUGGGACGUGGUCUAAGAGGGGUUGGUCCAAGUGCCAGACGAGGGUAGAGACGUUCUUCACCUGGAACGAGCCCUACGCCAUCGUCCUCCUGACCGGCACGGCGCUGGGGGAGCUGCUGCUCUUCGCCAUCCUCGUCGUCUUCCUCGCCGGGAGGAAGAGCCCCGCGGUGAAGGUGGCGGGCGGCUGGUUCUGCUACGUGAUGAUCGCCGGGCUGGCGGUCAGCUUCGCCAGCGUGGUGCUGUUCGUGGGCCGGCCCAACGUCCGCAUCUGCCAGGCCCGCCAGACCAUGUACGGCCUGGGCUUCACCCUCUGCCUCUCCUGCGUCCUGGUCAAGGCCUUCCGCACCUUCCUGGCCUUCCUCUUCGACCUGUACCGCCGGCACAGGCUGCGGAAGCUCUACAAGCCCGUGGCCAUCAUCGCGCUGGCCACCGUCGGCCAGGGGCUCGUCUGCCUCUUCUGGCUGCUCUUCGACUCGCCCGGCAUGGAGACCUCCUACGAGGGCCUGACGGCGGUCCUGCAGUGCAGGGAAGGCUCGCCGGAGGGCUCGCAGGCGGGCUUCGGCGCCAUGCACAGCUACGUGGCGCUGCUGGCCUGCGUCUGCCUCCUGCUGGCGCUGAAGGGCCGGAAGGUCCCGCAGCGCUACAACGACACGGGCUACAUCAUCUUCAGCGUGCUGAUCUACCUGUUCGUGUGGGUGUGCUUCAUCCCCGUCUACGUCACCAAGAUCCGGCAGCGCUCCGCCGUGCAGGCCUCGGCCAUCCUGGCCUCCAACUUCGGCAUGGUCUUCUGCCACUUCAUGCCCAAGUGCUACAUGAUCCUGUGCAAGAAGAAGGCGGAGAACUCCCCGGAGGCCUACCUGGAGAGGGUGCGGAUCUUCUCCAUCACCUCCGUCCACUCCGCCUUCGCCCGCCGCUCCCAGGACUCCGGGAUGAGCUCCCUGGGGACGGCGACCCCCCGGGGCUCUGUGGACUUCAGCCCGGCCAGAGGCUCUGUUUGCUCGACCAUCAAGGAGGAGCCCCAGGUGAGCGCUCCCCCUCCUCUCCUGAGGAGGCGAACCAGGAGGUGCUCCAUUUAACGGCGACGAGCGCACGGACUCCAGAAAUGUCUCCUCUAAAUGAUUCUUGCUCAAAAUGAAUAAUGCUUUGUCUGCAUCUUUUGUUUUGUGAGUGAAAAUUAAUUACAGGGGGAAAAAAACUAUCCGGAAGUAAACGCACUUUUUGAAAUAUGUUCCGCAAAUGAAGGUUUUACGAUUGCUCUUUGUUUACCGUGUAUGUUGGCACUUUAUUCAUGUGUUUUAUACGUGAUACCUGUAUAACUCUUCUCAGUUACCCCUCAUAAUGAUGAGUAUUUUAUAGUUUAUUUGUGAAUUGACAUUCUAAUAAACCAUUAAAAUAACAU